AUGGCGGGGCUGGGUGGCGGGCGCAGCGCUGCGGGUCUCGCCCUGCGCCGCUGGCUGCAGCCGCUGGCCGGGGCGUCGCGCUCGGAGCCGGCCCGGCAGGGUCGAGCCAGCGCGGCCGGAGCAGCCGCUGCGGUGCCGGGCGAGCAGCAGCUGAAGGGCCCCGAGGAGCUGCCGGGACCGGGGCUGCUCCGCUCCCUCUAUUGGGGAUUCGUGCGCGGCUACCUGCUGCACACGCACCAGCUGCAGGUGAUGUUCCGGAAGGAUUACGGCCCCAUGUGGAAAUCCACCUUUGGGAAGUACAAGAACGUGAACAUUGGGAGCCCGGAGCUCCUGGAGCAGCUGCUGAGGCAGGAGGGGAAAUACCCCAUGAGGAGCGACAUGGCCCUGUGGAAGGAGCAUCGGGAUACCAGGCAGCUGCCCUACGGCCCGUUAACCGAGGAAGGGGAACGCUGGUAUCGCCUGCGCCAGGUCCUCAACCAGCGCAUGCUGAAGCCGUCGGAGGCCAUGCUGUACGCGGGGGCCAUCAACGAGGUGGUGUCGGACCUGAUGGCCCGGCUGCAGGCGGAGAGGGUGGGGAGCCCCUCGGGGGUCCUGGUGGAGGACGUGGCCAACCUGCUGUACAGAUUCGCCCUGGAAGGCAUCUCCUACAUCCUCUUUGAGACCCGCACCGGGUGCCUGGAGCGGGAGAUCCCUGCAGAGACGCGGCGCUUCAUCGACGCCAUCGGCCUCAUGCUGAAGAAUUCUGUCUACGCCACCGUCAUGCCGCAGUGGAGCCGGAAGCUGCUGCCCUUCUGGAGGCGCUACCUGGAGAACUGGGACACCAUCUUUGCCUUCGGCAAGAAGCUGAUUGACAGGAAGAUGGAGGAGCUGGAGGGGCAUCUGGAGCGAGGCGAGCAGGUGUCAGGCUACCUGAGUUACCUGCUGGCCAGCGGCAGGCUGACGCCAGAGGAGGUGUACGGCAGUGUGGCGGAGCUGCUAAUGGCCGGCGUGGACACGACAUCCAACACCUUGUCCUGGGCCCUCUACCACCUGGCCAGGGCCCCAGAGAUCCAGAUCUCCCUGUACCAGGAGGUGAACAGUGUCGUGCCCAGGGAGCGAAUCCCCAGCGCCAAGGAUCUGGCCAAGAUGCCGCUGCUUCGGGCCAUUAUCAAGGAAACACUCAGGCUGUACCCCGUGGUCCCCACCAAUGCCAGGGUCAUUGUGGAGAACGACGUGGUCAUUGGAGGCUAUCACUUCCCGAAGAACACUCUCUUCGUCCUGGCUCACUACGCGAUGGCGCACGACCAGAGCAGCUUCCCGGAGCCCGAGCGCUUCCUGCCCCAGCGCUGGCUCCGGGGCCACGGCUCGGCCCACCACCCCUUCAGCUCCAUCCCCUUUGGCUACGGGGUCCGCGGCUGCCUGGGCCGGCGCAUUGCCGAGCUGGAGAUGCACCUGGCUCUGGCCAGGAUCGCCCGGACGUUCGAGCUGCGGCCAGACCCCCAGGGCACGGAGGUGACAUCUGUCUCUCGCAUUGUCCUGGUGCCCAACAAGCCCAUCAACCUGCAAUUCAUUGCCCGGCAGCCGGGCCCCUGA